UAAUCAACCAUUGUCUCUUAUUCACAUUUCCUCCCUUGAGCCUGCUUUCUCGCAAUAAUGGCAUCAGACACAAACCCCCGACAAUGUCUCGGAGUCGAUUGCGACAAGCCCGCAGGCACGCUCCAAUGCCCGACGUGUCUGAAGAUGGGCACGGAUAGCUACUUCUGCUCGCAGGACUGUUUUAAACGGAGCUGGAGCGAACACAAGGCUAUCCAUAAAACGAAGACUACGGGACAGUAUAACCCGUUCCCCUCCUUCCAAUUCGCUGGACCCCUGCGCCCGGUAUAUCCAUUAUCGCCCUUUAGGACCGUCCCCAAGGCUAUCCCGCACCCGGACUACGCCAAAGAUGGCAUUCCCCGAUCAGAACAGAAGUUUGUGGGCCGACACAACAUUACCAUCUUGAAUAAGGAGGAGCAGGACGGCAUGCGGAAAGUAUGCCGACUCGCGCGUGAGGUCCUCGAUAUUGCGGCACGAGAGCUGAAGCCCGGUGUGACUACCGACUACAUCGACGAGGUGGUCCAUAAAGCUUGUAUUGAGCGCAAUUCUUAUCCGUCACCCCUUAACUACGUUCACUUCCCCAAGUCGGUGUGCACCUCCAUCAACGAGACCAUCUGUCACGGGAUUCCGGAUCAACGCCCGCUGGAGGAUGGCGAUAUUAUCAAUAUCGACGUCACUUUGUACCACAAUGGCUUCCACGGUGAUAUCAAUGAAACCUACUACGUCGGCGAGAAGGCGCGAUCGAAUCCUGACGCCGUGCGCGUUGUGGAAACGGCCAGAGAAUGCUUGGACCAAUCCAUCGACAUCGUCAAGCCAGGGAUGCUGUUCCGGGAUCCCGGCAAUGUGAUCGAAAAGCAUGCAAAGAGCCGCAACUGCAGCGUGGUCAAGAGCUACUGCGGCCACGGUAUCAACCAGCUGUUCCACUGCGCGCCCAACGUUCCUCACUACGCCAAGAACAAAGCCGUCGGAACGGCGAAGCCCGGAAUGUGCUUUACGAUCGAACCGAUGAUCAACAUCGGCACCCAUCGCGACCGUCUUUGGCCUGAUGACUGGACCAGCACCACAGCCGACGGAUCCUUGUCGGCUCAGUUUGAACAUACUCUUCUCGUUACCGAAGAUGGUGUCGAGGUUCUGACCGCCCGUCUGCCAGACUCACCGGGUGGACCCAUUCCCAUGCCGGCAGAAGCUUGAUUCCCCUGAGGUCUUUACAUAGUGCUAGAAUCAACGAAUAGAGUAAUGAAUUCCCAAAUGUCUCCACGGCCAUUGCUGCAAAGAACCCAUUCAGCGGUAUCUCAGAAGUCAACCCCUAUCCUUGUCAAGGUCGUUAAACGCCCUUACUCUCCAUGUCUUGAGUCGGUAGCAUCGAGGACCUAGCCUAGUCCAGAACGUACCUACCUACCAACGACAUAGUAUAGGACUCGGAGAGUGGCUGCGGAGCCUCCCGCUUCCAAGAUGUUGAUGAAGCCAAUCAGAGAGCCGAGAUUCGUUUUCGCGGGGAUUCUUAUCAUCACAUAAGCGGGAAGCAAUUAUGGAUUAAUCAUAUUUUUUUUUCUUAAACUGC